AUGGUACUGUUAUCAGUUUUCAGACAGUUUUACGCCCCGCUUAGAAAACCAGAUGAAAGUCUGAACAAUCUAGCAGAAUUGGUGGACAGGAAAUUCCGUCCAAACCUACAACCUGUAGAUGGUGUAUAUUCCUUCGAUUUGCGUAUUGGAAAGUCUCGGGCUUCUCAUCAGGGUUUACAGGCUCCAUCAGGAUGGGGAGGUUCAACCAAAUCGUUUGAACUGUCAAAAGCCUCUGAAAUCAGAUGUGUUUGUUCCCGUGAUCAUCUUCUUUCACGGGGGGAGCUUCGUGCACUCUUCCUAAAAUUUGAUAUUUACGACAUCUUCUGCUGCCGAAUUGUGAAAGUCAGUAGAUCUGUGGUCGUAAGUGUAGGCUACCGGCUUUCUCCUGCAAAUAAGUUCCCAUGUGGAUAUGGCGAUGGUAUGGAAGCUGUGAAGUGGGUGCAGUAUAGGCAUUGGCUCAGGAGCGGUAAAGAUUACAAGGUUUCUACGUACUUGGUUUUGGAGACAGUUCUGGGGGUAAUAUAG